CGGGCAGUUGCAAAACAAGCGGGAUCUACUCUUUUGACCUCCAUUCGCUGCAACCUCGAUUGCCCAUGAGAUCUCCAUCGCCAAUCCCACCAGCCGCGCGACUUGCAUGCACACAACACCAUUGUUGAUGCGCUGUCGUCCGUUCAUUGACUUCCAUCGGGUCUCCCCAAUCGCAAUCGCGUACCACUUGUUGUUGAUCCAUUCAAUUCUUUGUGUUCACCGAGUUGCAGCUGCGACCUCAUCGGUGGAUCGCUGAGACCUGCGACGAAACCACACAUCCCACCACACCUCAGAUUCCCCGCUCUCUCUCACGAUGGAUACCAAUUACCUCUCCUCUCAGGUUUCAGCCAUCAUCAAUCAACUCCAUGGUCUCUUCGAUGAGAUUGGAGUCCCUAAUCACGAACGCGAAUCUCGAGAGUCCGAGGUAAGUGACACCCGCCGACGCUCCCAAUUCUGUCCUUCAACAGCUGACUCUCUUAGCUAUUCGCUGCGCUCUCAGAGACUUUACAUAACCAAGUGCGACUAGUAUCGAGUGAGAAGGAAGAUAUGGUUGAGGAAUGCCAACGGAUCAUCACCACGAUCAAACAGAUGGAAUCCUCGUUGGAUGAUGUCAAGGAAUAUCAAGAUCAGGACACUGAAGAGUGCGAUCUGAAGAUUACUUAUCCAUUGGCGCGUUGUUUGCAAAUUCUGAAGGAAAAGCACCAACACAUUUCCAGAAUCCACAAAGAGCGCUUCGAGCAAGUCAGAAGUAAGCCCACAAUAAGACCUCCACCUGCUAGUGCAGUUUGCGCUAACAUACCCAGAACUUGUACAAGCACUCGAAUCAUACUCGUCACACUUAGAGUCCUCCUUCAUCCAGAUUACACUACCUCCAACGGCACCCAAUGCCUCGAUUCCCCCCACCUUUGAUCUCUCUCCCAAAUACGUUAAUGCCUUGGAUGAUGAAUUCACCCGUGUUUACGAAGAAUACACCCGUCGCGUAGCAACUGUCAAGGCACUGGCCGAAAACAUCAUUCAGCUCUGGGCCGAACUCGGAACACCACAAGCUCAGACGGAUGGCAUGAUUGUAAAAUACUAUCGCGAUUCUCCUGAACAACUUGGUUUACAUGAGGAAGACUUGGCAAGAUUGCGACAAAAGCGUGACAAGCUUUCUGAUGAGAAGAAGUCCCGUGAGAAGCGUCUCAAUCAGCUCAAGGGCACCGUGGAGGCACUUUGGGAUCGUUUGGGCAUUGAAGAACCUGAGAGAAAGAGAUUCUUGAACAGCAAUCGUGGAUGUGGGGUCCGCCAAAUCAAUGAGUUUGAGGACGAAUUAUCGAGACUCAACGACCUCAAGCGACAAAAUCUUCAUCUAUUCGUCGAGGAUGCACGCUACAAACUUCAGGAGCUAUGGGAUGGACUGUACUUCUCGGAAGAGGAAAUGCUAGACUUUACUCCUGCAUUCUCUGAUGUUUACAGUGACGCUCUUCUCGAAGCACACGAGCAGGAGAUCAAUCGAUUGGAGGCUCUUAAGGAGCAGCGCGCACCAACUUUAGCAUUGAUUGAAAAGCACCGAUCACUCGUCAAGGAUCGCAAUGAUCUUGCAGCUUCUAGUCAAGACGCAUCACGAUUAUUGGGUAGAGGUCAAAAGGGCGAGAAACGUGAUCCAACUCGAUUGUUGAGAGAGGAAAAGAUGAGAAAGCGAAUCACAAAAGACUUGCCAAAGGUGGCGAUUGAGCUGAGAAAGGUUCUUGAGCAAUGGGAGGAUGAAUAUGGCCGACCAUUCCUUGUUCAUGGAGAGAGAUAUCUCGAUGAGCUCGAGGCAUCUGAAGCAAAAUCUGCACCCGGUCCUCGAUCUAAGACUCCUGCCGGUCCAGGUCCAGCACCUCCCUCGAGAAGCGGGACCAAAUCUUGUCCACCAACUCGUACAAAUAGCUCAAAGGUACAAGCACCAUCCAGAGCCAAAACCCCCACAGCUGGUGGCACCCUCAAACGUAAUGCAGCACCCCCCUCUACCGCCGGCGGAAAGUCUCCUACAAAGAUUCCAUCCCGAACUCCACUUACACACUUGUAUAACGGACAUAAUUCUCCAGAUCGUAGUGUUCGCCCAGAAUCUAGAUUGGAUGGUACCAUUCGUGGCAAGAUGGGACCACCUUCGCGAGCUCCACCACCAAAGAUGAGAGAUAUAUUUGCGCCACCUCCUGUAUCUACACCAGUUUCACUUCAACGCUCGGCCAGUGUGAUCUCAACUGGAAGUGUUCGACAAGUUAUGCCAGAAGAUCCCUAUGGCUACCCACAAGAUAAUGACCACCGAUCUCAUGGUUACUCGCAAAGCUCUGAUCACCACCGCUCGCAAGGCUACUCACAGGAGCAUAACCACCGAUCCCACGGUUACUCUCAAAGUUCAGACCACCGCUCGCAAGGUCACUCACAAGAUCAAUUCCAUCGAUCGCAAGAGUACCAGGACUUCAACCGAUCAAUGCAUCAAAGUCAGCGUUUUACUCAACCAAAUUCGUACCCAGCUGCACCUCCAAUCCGACAAAUUUCGAAUACUUCCUCGGCAACCACAACCAUAUCUGGCAGUGAAAAUUGGGAAACUUAUUCUGAAAUCUCUGAACCCGAGGAAGAUGCUUCAGACGCAUAUUUGGAAAAGCUUCGAGCUGCUCGUGGCAAGCGCUUCUCUCCUGAAGAUGGACACCCCCUUCCACAAGCUGGCGAUCAGAAGCAGUUGAGAGGCGUACCUCCUCACGAAACUCAUGCUGGCCAUGAUUCCCAUGGAAACCGUAUCAUUUCAGGUAGCGAGUCAAACUGGGUUACUGAUGAAGAUGCUCACUGAAGUGGGCUAUUUUUUAUGAUUUGCUACCUUGCUACCAGCUAUCCUUUUACUUUCGAAGGGAUGGAUACGACCGCACCACGCAUAAUGUUGACGAUGAUGAUCCUUGGAUACAGUAAUCUUGAAGAUGACACAAUCGCAUUACCUUCGUCGACAUUGUUUUCAAUACACCUGUACACUUUUCGAUCACAUCAUUCCAACCUUUCUUUACAUGUAAUUUCUUUCUUCUUGUUUCCACAAGGAUCACAUUUGUUUGACUAGUUGGCUUUUCUUUUCUUUUCCUUGGGUAGGGGAAUAUCAGCACCAAAUCCUGGGAAACCGCAACCACAUACUACACUUUGCGAUUUUUCUUUUUGAUUUGGCGGCCUAUGGUGAACUAUUGUGUGGGGGGUAAAAGGGGUGCUGGGCUUGUCAGCUGGCGUUCAACACUGUGUAUUUAAGGCGUACGUUUGCGCUGUUUUUCCAGCAGCAGAACCGUUUUGUGGUUUGGUCUGGAUUAGAUAGGAAGAAUAAAAAAGUAAUUGUCC